UCAGAGAGAAGGGCAGAGGUGUGAGGAGUCACCGGGGAGGAAGGAACAUGUUGGAGAAGAAGACAUUAAAUACGUAAGGAGGCCCUUCAAAACAUGAAGCGUUGAGAGCAGGAAGUGAAAAGGGAGCAAAGCACUUGUCUGAAAGGAGCGGAGGAGAGUUGAGGAAGUUAAAGAUACAAGGCAAAAGAGGCGGCUGCUGGAAGUAUGGGGUGCAUUCACAGCACGAGGGCUGGCAGGAUUAAGAAACGUGGACUUGGUGCUGACACAGGAGGAAUCCCCAUAAAGGCAGACCCUGAGGUACAUCCUGAGAUCCUUCAGCUCACUAAGCUCGCCAAAGCCGGGAGCCACGCCUUCACAGAGAAGAGCUUCAGGAGGAGACGGUUGUGUGAUGUGUGCAAGCAGAACAUCGACAACCCCGGGGCUUUCUGCAGGGGUGAGUCCACAUCUCAGCCAGAGUGCAAGGUUGCCGUUCACAAGACAUGUGAAGCCAAGGUGACUCCCACCUGCACCUCAACACCAGAGCUGAACAGUUCCAAUAGAUCUACAUUACAGAAGAAGAGAGGCUCCAUACCAAGGAGUAAAAGUGUGGAACAAGUAAUGGAGCAUGUGAUGGAGAACCACUACGACUUUGACCUCACCUACAUCACAGAGAGGAUCAUCUCUGUCUUCUUCCUGCCAGACCUGGAGGAACAGCGCUACCGCAGAAACCUACAGGAGGUGGCCUCCAUGCUAAAAUCCAAGCACCAAGACAAGUUUUUGCUACUGAAUUUAUCAGAGAAGAGACAUGACAUUACCAGACUUAACCAAAAGGUGCAGGACUAUGGCUGGCCUGAUCUUCACGCCCCACCCUUGGACAGGAUCUGUGCUGUCUGUAAGGCCAUGGAGACCUGGCUGACCUCUGACCCCAGCAACGUAGUGGUCCUCCACUGCAAGGGAAACAAAGGAAAGACGGGGGUCAUUGUGGCAGCCUACAUGCACUAUAGCAAGAUAUCCGCUGGUGCGGACCAAGCUCUCACCACACUGGCCAUGAGGAAAUUCUGCGAAGACAAAGUCUCCUCUUCCCUACAGCCCUCUCAGAACAGGUACAUCUACUACUUUGGCGGUCUGCUGUCAGGUACCAUCAAAAUGAACAGCAGUCCUCUGUUCCUCCACCAGAUCCUUAUUCCCUCAUUACCAAACUUCCAGACUGGGGGAGGUUUCUAUCCCUUCCUGAAAAUCUAUCAGUCUCUACAGCUGGUCUACACCUCAGGCGUUUAUGAUCCCCAGAGCUCCAGGGCAAGGAAGCUGUGUGUGACUAUGGAGCCAGCGCUACUACUAAAGGGGGACAUUAUGGUGAAUUGCUACCACCGGCGCAGUCGAGCAGCAGAGAGGGAGGUGGUCUUCAGAGUCCAGUUUCACACCUGUACUGUUCAUGGAGCCCAGCUGUGGUUUGGCAAGACUGAGCUGGACCUGGCCUGCACAGAUGACAGGUUCCCUCCUGAUGCUACAGUUGAGUUUAUCUUCUCCAAUGGGCCAGAAAAAAUGAAAGGUCGAGAAUACCGCAAGAAUGACGCCUCAAUCAAAGUGGACUACAACACCUCAGACCCUGUGGUCAGAUGGGAUUCUUAUGAGAACUUCAACCUGCACCACCAAGACAGCAUGGAAGAUAUCUCUCAUACCAGGGGCCCUCUGGACGGCAGUCUGUACGCACAGGUGAGGAAGCGACGUGGGCCAGGCUCAACUGCCUCAGCGGCAUCUCCCAAUGGAUGCCUCACUAGUAGCCCCACAGUGAAGCCCCAAACUCCCAGCCAGCCCCACCCUCCCACCUACACCCGUGACUCCAGUCGCUCCUCAGCACCCACUGAUCAACUGCAAGACGCCUCUCCAUCCAUAAACUGCCCUGAGAGAGAAAACACCGAUGGGGGAGAUAGAGCAAGAGAGAAAACAAGAGGGAAAGAAAAGGAUAGGGAGACAGCGAUUUUAGAUGACGCAGACCUGUCAAGUCUGGGGGGUUUGAGGCGAGAGCACUCAUGUUGUGGUCGAGCAGGUAGGGAGAGAGGGCCCUGCCUUUCUAAUGGUCACUGUCUCGGACGUAUCAACAGCAUUAAAAAUAAUCCAAAAAGUCAAACUCUGCCUGCUUUACCAUCCAAAUCUGUGUCCCCUCCUCCGAAUUUAGCUCAUAUGGAAGUCUGCCAUCGCCAUAGUGCCCAUCCUUUACCAGAGUUACCAUGGGAACGUCCACCCCCACCCCCGCCCCCACCCCUGCCCUGUCUCCACAGGCCUUACUACCCUUAUUCUACCCCUGAACACGCACACCCACGCAGCCACACCCUCCCAGCCUCAAACAGACUCUGCACUGGGGAGGAGUGCCCCCUCUUCCAUUAUUCCAGCCACGGCCCAUCCGCUCAUCUCUCCCAUCAAUCACUGCCCUCCAGCCCUUACAGGGAAAUGUUCUUCAGCUCUCCAACACCGUCCUCUGGUUGCCCCUGUCGGGACUGCUCCAGCAGGCGAGAGCACCAAUCAUCCUCAGUCAGAACAUUCCACCCACUACGCCCAGACCAAUCCGAGAACCCCCACUGGUCCCAAGGAGCAGGUUUACAACAUACAAGAGACGCACCUCCACUGUGGGAAAGUGAAAAUCCAUGGGAGGUGGCGAGAGAGGCCGAGUUUUGGCAGUGCAAAUCUGCCACACCUGCUUUUCGGGUCUGCCACUCCUCUUUGGAUCAGAGUCCAAACCCGGAGCAGGCUAGAUUUGCCCUCGCGCCUCACCACAGCUACCCUAGCCCCCAGGCUCUGGUGGAUGUGCGGGAUGGAGCCAGCAGUGGGUACCACACCCCUCCAGUGCCCCGUCAUUCCUGCCCCUGCUCUCCUUAUCAGUCAUCCCCAUCCGAGAGCCACGAGAGCCGGGGUUACGCCUCAGGAUACCACUCUGGAUCAGCCUCGCCGCUGCCUGCUAAUAGCCCAUCUCCUGGGAGAGGGAGGCUGCCAGAGACACCUGCUGAAGUGGAAAAAGCCAAAACUGAUGUGGAAGAUGACAUAUCCCAGGGUUCAGAGGGUAAAUCGGACUCUAAUGGCCAGUCAAGCACCCCUGGACUGGACUCUGAUAAUGACUACACACUUAUUGGUAGCAGCAGCCCCACACACACUGAAGACAGUGUUACUGCGGAUAGCCAAGAAACCUCCACAAAGAUAGAAUCCAACACAAACAGCAGCAAAACUAUGACACCAGUACCAACAGAAACACAAACCCAAACUUCCAGCACAUCCAUAAACUACACACAAGCAUCAAGUGAGCAGAGUUUGAGUUCUGACGGAAAGAUUGAUGCAGCAAAGAUCACAGGAAGUGCUGAGGGAUCUAACCAUUCACAUGCUUCAAGUUAUGCCGCUGUCAUCAUCACCCCGGUCCAGGUGCAACUAAAUGGUUCUGACCUUCCAAGCGACACCCCAUCCGACAGCAGCAGAAGUGUAACCAUGAACCCUUCUGCCAGUCCCAGUUCUAGCCCUUCCACCACUUCCCCAAAUUCUCCUAUUGGCUCCCCAGAGCUGCGGUCUGCUCCCAAGCGCUCCCCAUCGGCUACACACACAGCAGGGCACCAACUGACUCCAGACAGAGACAGCUCAGCCACCAACAAACCUCCGUCCCCUGUGCCCGACGGAUAUCACACACCCACAUUUCCCCUAGCUUCCUAUUACUACCCAUUACUAAAUGUCCCCCAUGUCCCAUACACGGGGUACACUGCGGUCACCAUCCCCGCCAUCCAGCCACCGCUCCCCGAGAAGAAACGCCUGUCCUCCGCAGCAGGAUCCCUGAACGGACACAGCUCUCUUCUCAGAGUCUCCUCAGCUCCUUCCCCCACACACCACGUCACUUUCUCCCCUGCUGUGGGAGAGCAGAGUCGAGGGUCUGCACAGUCGAGCUACAGGGAGGAGGCAGACAUCAGGGUUAAUGCUAAGUUUGUCCAGGACAGCUCCAAGUACUGGUACAAACCAGGCAUCUCUAGAGACCAAGCUAUAGCUGUGUUGAAGGACAAGGAACCAGGAACUUUCCUCAUCAGAGACAGUAACUCCUUCCAGGGGGCCUACGGCCUGGCCCUCAAAGUGGCCACCCCUCCUCCUAAUGCCAACAUCACGGGCAGCAAAGGGGAUCCUCUGGAACAGCUGGUGAGACACUUCCUCAUAGAGACUGGGCCACGGGGAGUGAAGAUCAAGGGCUGUCAGAACGAGUCAUAUUUCGGAAGUUUAUCCGCCCUGGUGUACCAGCAUUCAAUCACCCCCAUCUCUCUACCCUGUGCCCUUAGCAUCCCAGAAAAAGAUCUGGUGGGGGAGCUUCAGGAGAUGCAGAGUGCAACAAGCACCAGUACAGCAGCUGACCUCCUCAAGCAAGGAGCAGCCUGCAAUGUGCUUUACCUGAACUCAGUGGAAACUGAAUCACUGACGGGGCCGGAGGCCGUUUCCAAGGCAACCAAGUGUACGUUGGCUCUGAGUCCGCGUCCAGUGGCAACAGUGGUCCACUUUAAAGUGUCCUCUCAGGGGAUCACUCUAACAGACAGCAAAAGAAGGCUAUUUUUCAGGAGACACUACCCAAUCAACAGUGUCACUUUCAGCAGUCUUGACCCCCAGGACCAGAGGUGGACUAAUUCUGAUAGCACAUCAAGCAAGAUGUUUGGCUUUGUAGCCAGGCGGACGGGCAGUACUACAGAAAACGUGUGUCACCUGUUUGCAGAGAUGGACCCCGAGCAACCAGCUGUGGCCAUCGUCAACUUUAUCAACAAAGUCAUGCUGGGACCACACCUACGUAGAUGAGAGGGCAGAGAAAUUUGAAAACUCUGGACUAUUGGGGAUGUGGGAGCGAUAUUAAUGAUUCUAGCAUAUUUUUUAAUGAAGUGUUUGUGUAUAACUUCAUUUCUGCUUGCAUUUGUGCAGGCGGCAUCACUGUGCUCGGCUGUAUGACUGUUCUUAUAAGAGAGUCCAGUACUGACAGAUCACUGCUUCAAAGGGCAAAGUAUUGUUUAUAUGUCAGUUUACAGAGCAAACACUUACAGAGCAAUAGUUUGAUAAGCCAAAGACUGACCUAACUUUGGUAACCUUUGCCAAAUGAGAUUCGAAUAGAGUUUUUUUUUUAAGUCAUUUUUUUGUGUGACAUUUUUUCUCACGUUACAAACUGCUCUCAUGAUGUACAACAAACUUUACAAACUGCAUGACAAUCCAUUUACCACACUGCUAUUUCUAUUAAAGUUUCUCUACGUCAACACUUAAAGCUCAAGAGACAAUGGUUCAGAAGAUCAGAGUAGUACAAUGUAGUAGAAUGUAAGAGUCAUGUUUUAAGAUUUAAAGUGGGGUAAUUGCAAUUUUGCUGCUUAUGCAGUGUGAGGAAGAGUAAAGGAAGUGAUUCAGUGAAUGAGGUGGUGUAUUUUGAACAUCUAAGUAGAAAGUGUAAACUGAAACUGCAACUAUUCUAUGAAAAGUGGAUUUUUGUUGAAGUGAUAAGCACAGAUGUAGAAGCAUAUUAUGCAAAACCUACCUACAAUUUAAAACACAGACAGGUAGAUGAUUGAACAAAAUAUUAUGUAGUUGCUAACUGCAUAAACAAGUAAAAGAGAGGUUAGUCUUACAGCAGAAUAGACUAACUGAAAAAGUCAAGGACGGGACUUGAAUAUUUACAACAUUUCUAGAGCUACAAAUAAUAAAAAGCCUUACUUUGUGAAAGUAAAAAUGCCAUAGAAUCAGAGAUUCAUUCUGCUCUCAUCUGAGGGACUCUACAGUCUCCAAAGGGCUGGUAAUGUCGUUAUAAAAAGAACCAGUAAAGAACAGUCUCUCAGUAUCACAGGUUAGUCUUGGCCCUGUUUUAGAUUUGCUUCACUUACAUUACCUAUUUAACCAACCAGUAUCCAUGGUAACACAUAAUAAGUGAGUUAUGUUUUAGAGAGAAAUGUUUCACCUUAAGCCAAAGAUUUCAUUAUUGUGUAAAGAUUUUUUUUUUUUUUUAAUCAAUAUCUUUUUGUUGUUUGGUAUUUGUGUGUUUUCUAUAAACGGAGACAGUAUUUAGAUGACUUCAGUACAAUUAUUAUUUUUCAUUAUGGAUUUGUAUGUAAAAGAAGUAAUAUAUUUUAGGCCUCUGAGGUGGAUGAGAAAGAAUGAUGUAUGUCAUAUUUGA